AUGGAUAACCUAUGGACCCGCCGGACCAACACCAACAAGCUCUCCCUCACGACUCCAGGUUCAGCCCUCAACGACACCGGCUCCAUCGGUCGGAAUUCCUCCAUCUCCAAGCGAUUCGGCGGUGACAGCUCGUCGCAUGGGACGAGGAACCCUCUCAACGACAUCAAGACCCCCGGCAGCGGACUCGUUUCACCCGGCGGCGCAUCCAACGCCUUUGCCCUUGGGACCGGCGCCUUCUCAAACUUCGGAGCCAAGACGCCCAAGUCCACCGGGAAUCCCUUCGACCUAGCCUCCAAGACCCCCACGGCCGACAAGUCCGUAAAGGAUGGCACAAACGGGGGCAGCACAACCAAGGCCGGCCCAAGUGGGGCUGCGAAAUCAGCCGCGACCACACCAGGGGCUGCGCUUAGGGAGAGGAAGGAUAGUGACCAACGCGGGGUCCACCCGCUUCGCAACGGCUGGGCGUUCUGGUACCGCCCCUCCAUCCCAAAGAAUGUCGGCUUCAUUCCAUACGAGGACACCGUCCAUGGUAUAGCGCAGGUCGGCACCGCUGAGGAGUUUUGGGCCGUGUACAGGCACCUGAAGCGGCCGUCCUCCCUGCCCGUGGUGUCCGACUACCAUCUUUUCAAGAAGGGCGUCCGACCUAUCUGGGAGGAUGACGAGAACCGGAAGGGCGGCAAAUGGGUCGUGCGCCUUAAGAAGGGGGUCGCGGAUCGGUACUGGGAGGAUUUGAUGCUUGCGCUCAUUGGUGAGCAGUUUGGCGAUGCUGGUGAGGAGGUCUGUGGUGCCGUGAUGAGUGUCAGAAACGGUGAGGAUAUCCUCAGCAUCUGGACUGCUACCAGUGGGGGCAAGGUGCUCAAGAUCAGGGAAACCUUCAAGCGGGUUCUAAACUUUCCUCCGGACACCAAAAUCGAAUGGAAGGUGCAUGAGGAGAGCAUCCAACAACGCAUCACGGUCGAGGAGUCUCGCAAGGAGAGGGCGAACCAGCACAAGUCUGGUAACAAGCAGAACAACCAGCGACAGACUCAGCAGCAUCAGCAGGGCAGCGACGACUCCGCCCCAGCACCAGCCCCCCAGGCAUCAUAG